AUGGCUUCCCCAUCAUCGCAAGCGGCCCUCACGGAGUUGAUCCACCACACUCUCCCGCAGCUCAACCCCGGCCAAGCCCAGCACCGACAACGAAGUUCGCAGGCGCAACUCGAUGCACAUACUCGAGCGACGGGAGGGUCGACCCGUUCAAGCUAUAAGGACUGGUCUACGCUGGCGGAUGAGGCUCAACUGGGUAAGUUUUCGGUGAUAGUUGGAUGAUGUUGAUGAUGUUGUCAGGCGUGAAUGUCGAGUGGGGUGGGGUCGACGCGCCGCGGCGUGGGUCAGAGCGCGUUGAAUGAUGCGUCGAGAUAAGCCAUGCAGCCACGCUCUUGAUUUUAGUUUUACUGACCUUAUCAAUCUCUGCUCUGCUCGUUCCUGCAGCCCUCAAGAGAGCGGGAAGAUCGUCGCAGGAACGGUUACAGUUCGCUCAGCUGUCCGCGAGGCUCCACAGUCGCGUCAGUCCCGCUCGGUUCGACACCGUCAUGACCAGGAUUUAUAAUGAUAUUCACAUGCAAAGUUAUACUUUCUCACAGGCCGUACCACGUAACAAGCUCGAUACCCUGUCAUUGCUCCUCUCACUCGCGGGAUCGUCCUCAAUCCCCCCGACCGCAUCGAGCUCGGCCGCAGCUGCAACUUUGAGCUCAUCCUCUACGGGGACAACAAGUCGACAAGCACCUCUAUUUGGAUACCCAACACCACUCGAUCGUCCCGCUUCGCGCCCUUCCUCCAGAGCUGCGAACCACGACUCGAACUCUCGGCGCGGCGCCCCCGUUGGCGUUGGUCUGUCCUCCUCUUCCAACCCCAACCUAGCCGCAGCCGCGUUACCGCGUGCACCCAAAUUGUCCAUGGCCGCCGUUCUGGCUUCCCAUCGAGCCCAACUUGCUGCUUCACGACCGAUAGCUACGACGACACCACCGCGACUGGCGCCCGUCCCCGAAUCCCUCCUCCUCAGGGACAUCCUCUACAUCAUCCAAGGCAUCGACGGCCGUUUCAUCCGCUUCAAGACCCCGACCCCCUCUCUAGCGAACGCAGGUCCGCGAAGGACGUUCAAACGAGGCGAGAUCGUCGUCGACGAGAAUUCACCCGCCGAUCCCGAAGCGCUCAUGCUCGAACAAGGGAUCGAGUUCGUGCUCGAAGGGAGUGGCUAUAGCUUAAGUGCACCGAUGAGGGUCUUGUUGCAUACGCUGUCGGAGUUGGGGUGGCUGUAUCGCAAGAUUGAUGGGGUUUUGCAGAGGAGUGGAUCGGUGACGACGACUUCGUCUGCGAAGGGAGCAGUUUUCGUUGAAUUGGGGAUGAUCGAACAGAGUCUUCAUGCGGCACUCAAGGCGGAGAUGACGGAGUACUAUCGCCUCGUUGCCAUCUUGGAAAGCCAGCUGACGAUCGAGGAUGAAUCGACGAGGACGCAGGGAGGGGCGGAUAUGAGCAUCGAGGAUAUGGAGGGCAAGUUGACGUUGAGGAGGUUGAUGGUUUGGACGGAGGAGGUCAAGUUGAGGAUGAGGAUGAUGGGGACAUUGGUCGAAGAGGCUGGGGGUGAGUGAUAUCUGUUCUGAACCUGACUUGUGAUAGGGUCACUGAUGCCCAGAUCGGCGCUGAAUGACCGCAGGCGAAAACGUCGGAGGUGCAUUGCUCACCUCUCUGCACGCACGAACCUCGAACGGCGACCCCUUCAUUCGCGACUUCUCCUCCCGUCUGCUGCGCACCCUCUCCGUCCCCUUCUUUGCCACGCUCUCCGCCUGGAUAUACGAAGGCGAGCUGCGCGACCCUUUCGGUGAAUUCUUCGUCCAACUCAACCCUGCUCUGAGUGGGGUGGACGAACGAACGGGCUUGUUGAGAGGGAGGUCUACGUUCGGUUUGAAUUUGGAUCAAGACGACGAAGGUGUGCAGGCGCAUCAAUUGUGGGAGGGCAAGUUUAGGUUCAAGAGGGUCAUGUUGCCCGGUUUUUUGGAGGAAUCAUUUGGUCGCAAGGUCAGUUGGAGCGAGUGUUCCCUUCUGCACCAGGAUGGUUCUGGCUACUGAUUCGCUGUAACGACGUCCACAUUCGCAGAUCUUCUCGACGGGGAGGUCGCUCAACUUCAUGAAAUACAGCUGCGGAGAUGGACAAUGGGUCGCCUCGACGCACCAGACCGAUGGGCAACGGAGAGGUGAGCCUCCCCUCAACUUCCAAGCUAUACAGCCAUCACUGAUCGCAUGACACUUUACUUGUAGCCCUUGAAUACGCCGACAUCAUUGGCCUCGAGCAGUCUAUCACCGCCGCAUAUUCGCACACCUCCAAGCGGUUGUUUGACAUCUUUUUCGACAAGUUUCGCCUGAUGGACCACCUCAAGGCGCUCAAGGAUUACCUGAUGUUGGGCAAGGGUGAUUUUGUCGAGAUCUUGAUGGAAAACUUAGGGUGAGUGUUGACGGCAUCGAUGACCGUGUUGCUGGUCCAGAUGCUGACCAUCCUCGAUGCAUUCAGGCCCUCUCUUGAUCGACCAGCGAACCUGUUGUACCGCCACAACCUAACGGCGACGCUUGAGACAGCCCUCCGAGGUUCCUCCUCCGGCCCCUCCUCCUUGACCUCUUCUUCGGCGAAUCGGUCCUCCUCCGACGUCCUCCGCCGCCUCGACGCGCGCAUGCUAGAGUUCACCCAAGGUGAAAUCGGUUGGGACGUCUUUACGCUCGAAUACAAAGUCGAUGCUCCGCUCGAUACGAUUCUCGACCCCGAAUCGAUGCAAGGGUACCUCAAGAUGUUCAAACACUUGUGGCACAUCAAGAGGGUCGAGUAUGCUUUGAAUGGGGUGCAGAGGAGGUUGAUGACGGGGGCGAGAACGUUUUUAAAAGUGCCCGGUGAGCUUUCCGAAACGUUGAUAGGGUAGGAUCUUUCAAAGGAGGAUUCCAUAAACUCAUAGGACCCAUUACCUUACACCUUACCAGAACUCUCGUACGACUUUCACCUCACGCGCAUCGCAUUACAACGCAUGACCUUCUUCAUUCGCCAAUUGCAGUACUACUGUCAUCUCGAAGUCAUCGCCUGUUCAUGGCAAGUCUUGGAGGAGUUCGCUUUGAAGAAACAGGGGGAUUUGGACUCGUUGAUCGAGGCGCAUCGGGUCUAUUUGAGGAGGUUGGUGACCAAGGCGUUGUUGAUUCAGCCGAGAAGUUCUCAUAGAACUGAGGUGAGUGCGGGAAUAGUGGGAUGGUGUGUGUGAUGUCAUUUCCGAAGCUGAUGUUGAAUUUUGGGUUUGUGGAAUAGGAGGAACGCUACGUCGUUUUGGAAGGGGUGAGGAACCUGUUUCAAAUGAUGUUGCAGUACCAGAACGUAGCCGUAAGUGCUCCACUCCCCCCCCCCCCCCCCCGUACCUCUUUCUCCCCCUAACCUAUCACCCUCUUUUGAUCCCAUCAGGACGCGCUCUGCAACUACGCCCUGUCCGAAGCGUCCCGACAACAAGCUUCGAAUCCGACGCUCGCAGCGCGCAGCGCCGACACGCUCGACGGGAUACGCCACCGUCUCCAAGACUACGCCACCCAAUUCGAUAGCGGUGCUAAAGAAGUGGUGAGGUUGUUGGGCAAGGCGAAGGAUUUGGAUAUGAGGUUCUUGGCGGUGAGGUUGAACUUUAAUUACAAGUUCACGUCGUGA